AUGAUUAUAACCUUAGAAGACAAAAAGAAAAUAAUGCCAACAUUAGAUAAUAUGUUGACAAUAUGUUAUGGAUGUCGUACAUUGAUCGAUGAUCGUUAUUAUUUAAUGGCUGUUGAUCGUAGUUGGCAUUUAUCUUGUUUAAAAUGUUUUGAUUGUGGUAUGUCACUUGAACAAGAACGAACAUGUUUUGCACGAUAUGGACAAAUUUUUUGUAAAGAUGAUUAUAUUAAACGAUAUUGUUCUCGUGUUUGUGCACGAUGUCAUACAAUUAUUCGACAAGAUGAAGUUAUUCUACGUGCUAAACAAUUUAUUUUUCAUUUAGAUUGUUUUACAUGUAUUACUUGUAAUCUUCUUCUUCAUCCAGGUGAUGAAUUUGGUUUAAAAGAUGAUUUAAUUUUUUGUCGUCAUCAUUUUUUUGAACAACAACAACAACAACAAUCAUCCUAUGAAUCACAUUUAACAGGACGAGCCAUGGAUAUUGGUUAUUAUACAUCACCAAUCCCAACACUUAUUCCAUCAACACCAUCAACAAAUACAAGUACACAAUCAGGAACAACAGUUAAUAUAACAAAACGUACACGAAAACGUAAAGAACGUCAACAACAUCAUGAAAUAAUACCAUCAUCAGAUCAUUUCUUAACUCUUUCACCAUCUUCAUCUAAUAUGGUUGGAAAUGAAGGAGCAUUAUUUACAUCGUCGUUGGAUACAUCAUAUUAUGUUGAUGUUGUUGAUAUGGAUGGAAAUGGUACAAAUAAUAAUAGUUUACAUUCACAUCAAACAAAUAAUAAUUUAUCAAGUGGAUCUCAUCAUCAUCAUCAUGGAAGACAAAAACGUGUACGAACAAGUUUUAAACAUCAUCAAUUACGUUGUAUGAGAUCAUAUUUUAAUUUAAAUCAUAAUCCAGAUGCAAAAGAUUUAAAAAAUCUUGCUGAAAAAACAAAUUUACCAAAACGUGUUUUACAAGUAUGGUUUCAAAAUGCACGUGCAAAAUAUCGUCGAAGUGUAUCUCGAAGUGAUACAUUAUCAACAGCAUCUCAACAUUCAUCAAUAGCACAACAACAACAGCAACAAGCUCAACAACAACAACAACAAUCAUCUCAAGUAAAUCAAUCAUCAUCUUUAACAAUGACAAAUAUGAUUGAUAUACAUCCAACAAGAGAAGAUACAACAAAUUCAUCAAAUUUAUCUUCACCAACUGAAUCAAUUCGUUCAAAAACAUCAUCGGUGAAUUUUAGCGAAUCGGAAACAUAUGGUUCCAUGUAG